GGAGCCGCCAGGGCGCGCCGAACAGGUGCUGUCGCUGGGCGCCGACGUGCUGCCCGAGUACAAGCUGCAGUCGCCCCGCAUCCACAAGUGGACAAUACUCCAUUACAGCCCCUUUAAGGCGGUGUGGGACUGGAUCAUAUUACUCCUCGUUAUGUAUACCGCCAUCUUCACGCCGUACGUCGCUGCUUUCUUGCUUAACGAAGCCGAUUUCAACACGAGAAAAAGCAAGAAAUACGGUGAAGAUCCUAUCGUCGUGAUCGACCUGAUCGUUGAUGUAACAUUCAUCAUAGACAUACUUAUAAAUUUCCGCACAACAUAUGUGAACAGCAAUGAAGAGGUUGUAUCUCAUCCAGGGAAGAUUGCAGUGCAUUACCUGAAAGGCUGGUUUGUAAUAGACUUGGUGGCUGCUAUUCCUUUUGAUCUUCUUCUUUUCAACUCAGACACUGAUGAGUUGGGCUUGGAUGCUGAUGAGACAACAACAUUGAUUGGUCUCCUGAAGACAGCAAGACUCUUGCGGUUGGUGAGAGUUGCUCGGAAGAUUGAUCGUUACUCAGAAUAUGGUGCUGCCGUCCUUCUGCUGCUUAUGGCUACUUUUGCUCUUAUUGCUCACUGGCUUGCAUGUAUAUGGUAUGCAAUUGGACAUGCUGAGCGAACCUUGAUGAAUAACAGAGUUGGUUGGCUAGAUAUAUUAGCUAAUGACACUCAUCAGUUUUACAAUGCCAAUAACACAGGAGGUCCAUCGAUAAAGUCCCGCUACAUCACUUCAUUGUACUUCACAUUCAGCAGUUUAACUUCUGUGGGAUUUGGAAAUGUAGCACCAAAUACAGAUUCAGAGAAGAUGUUCACUAUCUGUGUUAUGUUAGUUGGAUCACUUAUGUAUGCCAGCAUAUUUGGAAAUGUAUCUGCAAUCAUACAGCGACUGUAUUCAGGGACUGCAAGAUAUCAUACACAGAUGCUGAGAGUGAGAGAAUUCAUUCGUUUUCACCAGAUACCUAAUCCUUUACGCCAGAGGUUGGAAGAAUACUUUCAGCAUGCAUGGACAUAUACCAAUGGAAUUGAUAUGAACAGUGUACUUAAAGGUUUUCCUGAGUGCCUGCAGGCAGAUAUUUGCUUGCACCUAAAUCGUAACUUAUUGAGUAACUGUUCAGCCUUUGAAGGGGCUUCUCCUGGAUGCCUCAGAGCUCUGUCUUUGAAGUUCAAGACCACUCAUGCACCUCCUGGGGAUACCCUUGUACAUAAAGGUGAUGUUUUGACGUCACUAUAUUUCAUUGCUAGAGGGUCAAUAGAAAUACUAAAGGAUGAUAUUGUAAUGGCUAUUUUAGGAAAGGAUGAUAUUUUUGGGGAAAAUCCAUGUAUUCAUCCAACACUGGGCAAGUCAUCAUGUAAUGUGCGAGCCCUUACCUAUUGCGAUCUGCAUAAAAUUCACCGUGAUGACCUUUUAGACGUACUAGAGUUAUAUCCUGAGUUUUAUAACUCAUUUUCUAACAAUCUUGAAAUUACAUUUAAUAUGAGAGAUGAGGAGCUUGCAGGCGUAGAUCCCAGAGCAGCUAGGAGGCAUAGAACAGGUUUAGCUUCUCGUUCAAGCUCACAAGACAGAGAUUCAGAUGUAAGAAGAUAUGCUUACAGACCACCUCGUCGUCGAACAUUUCAUCACAGAGGAUCAGGUGGUGGGCCAUGUGGGGAUGGCACUCUAGGAGGCAACAGUCAAGAUUCCAGUGAAGAUGGGUCUGAGUUUGAGAAGUCUGGUCAUGGCAUUCUAGAAUUCUCAGCAGAUAAGGCUGGUCGGGAUGUGACUCCAAUGAAUCUUGAAUUUGGAGAUGAUGACAGACAAGUGAAACCAGGAACACUUAAUUCAAUUGCUGGCAUGUUCUCGCAACUGAAAAGAAGCUUCACGGAUCUCCGCUUGCACAGGUCUUCCAGCCAGAGGCUCCACAACACUGACAUUAAGACUGGUGGCUUGACGAACACGGUGGUAGCACUGGACUCCCUCAUGAAAUCCAGCAGCCAUGGAAAUGGCAAGCACUCACAAGGUACUCCAAACGUGGGCCCAUCUCCUGCUGUAUCGGUCCACUGCUGCACCAAAGAGAACCAGCCAUUGCUUCACCAUCAAACUCCAAUUUCAGGAAUUGGCUUAUCGACUCCCCACCUUUCCCGCCGCCGCACAUCUGAAACACAACAGUCGUCAGUGACAUCGACAACAGCAGUAGCUGUUCAGUAUGACGAACGAGAUGAUAACCUUCACAGUAUCCCCAGUGUGCCUAUCCCUGCUACCCCACAACAAGCACCUCUGUCAGCUUUAAGCCAAGCGACCGAAUCAUCCUAUUACACAACACCUUCACCCCCCAUACAUUCCAGUCCUCUGCAGCGAGUAGAUAUGUACCGACAGCAUCAGCAGACUGCUGACCAUUCAUUGGUCUAUUCCCAUGUAGGUGCUCAACAAACAGUAUUAUCGACAGGAAGUUACCAAACUCCCGGUCACACUCGGGCCGAGUACACUGGCUCACCAGCUUGGACACAACCUGGGAGGGAACCUGAUGUCUAUGCAAUGAUAAAUCAGCUGAGCAGGCAAGUGCAGGCACUGGAACACAGUGUAGCUAGUGAUGUGAGAAUGAUACUUAGUAUUCUGAAGCAACAGCAGCAACAGGGUCACAGCUCUGAAUCAUCUGGCUCAUCAGUCAUACCUGAUGUGCGAGAGUCUUCUUCUGACUUUGGCCAGAGGUCAGGAAGAUCCUCCCGAGAUCAUGCUCCUAGUGCCCAGAGAAGUUAUAGUGCAUCUCACGAGACUCCAGCUUCAUUGCCUUCAAAUAAUUUCAGGCCAACACCAAUGGAAGAUUUCCGGCAUGCUGCCACUGGCAGUAACAGUAUGGAUUUACAACACCAGUCACACUCUCACCACUCCGUCCCACAGCAAGUGACUCCUGAACUUACCUCCAGGCAUCCACAUUACAAGCAUUCAGCAUCACGCAUUCCACAACGCAGUCAGUCACAACCAGUAGAUCUUAUGCAGGUACAGCAACAGCACACACCAUCUUGGCAUCAACAACAUGGUGAUACUGAGAGUGAGGAUGCAUGGCCUGCUCACCAUACUGCAGAUACUAGAAAAGAUGAUUUUUCAUUUAGAGGAACUGUGGCUGAAGAGACACCAUCGUGGGAUUUUAAAGAUGCUCCAGUGGCGCCUAUUGCUAGGCUAGAGUCAUUGGAUGAACUUGAUCAAGGACAGGACUCACAGAGUAGCAGCCCACGUGGUGCAACAUCUGGCCCAUCCACAACGGAAGUGAAAACAUCAGAUGUCUAGUCUACUCUCCACAAGUGUUUUCCAAGACACGUUCUUGUUGUCACUGAGAAAAAGACAUACAUGGACAAGUGAGCAAGAAACUCUUCAGGGAAUCACAGCCCAAAUGAAAUGGACUGUUUUAUAAUAGUCAAAACAUUGUCACAAGACAGUAGUGUUUUCAAUAAUUUGUAUUUUUUUUAAACACGUUACAAGAAUUUAUAUGAAAAUAUUACUUUGCAUUGUAAAAAAAAACAUUGUGCAAUCACACAGUUAUUCACUCAUCUGAUGCUGCCUGAAUCAAAUAAUAUGGUAUUUUAAGGAAUGAUUCUUUAAAAUUGGGAUAAGUCAGUAGCUGUUAGCUAUUCACAGUGCUUGGCAACACCACUAAAAUGAACUAAGAAGGUGGUGUACUGGACAGAGUUUUGUAUUCAUAGGCAACUGAAAGUCAGCAUAAAAUAGAAUAAUAUUCUAGUGUGUGAGAGAGGUUACAGAGGACAUACUGUUGUAAUCAGGACAUCUGACUCACUGUUAGUCAUGGACAAUGGCUCACAGUAACAUUAAUUAUACGUGAUAACAACUUGCGUAUGCUUUGGUCUUAACAAUUUAUAUAACUGAAUAAAUAAAUUUUCUUGAAGACUGGGCAUUCAUAUUCACAUAAGUUGAUUUUUUCGCAGAAGAAUUCUGUCUGUUGUUCUGCUAAAUGUUUUGGAGGUUUGACAUGAAAUCAUAAACUUUUGUCUAUUAACGCCUUUCUGUAGGUGACUGCUGCAGACAUGAACAUGCAAGACAUUGUUGCGCAGUCAAGGAAGCGAUGUUUUAACUUGAGCUUUCUUGUGAAAAGACACAGGUUACCAUUUCAUAAUACACAUGUUUCUUUCUCCUUUUGGCAUUACUUACUUUGUGCUUCACAGUGACAGGCUUUGCACAUUAAAAUGUAGUGGAUACUUGUAAAAGGAACAUAAUUCCUAGUUUUAUAUUAUGAAACAUUCUUUGAGACUUCUUUUUAUUUAAUUUUCUAUCACAUUUGGACAUUCAAAGCAUUGAAUUAGUCUCCUAUUUUGAUACUAGCAUUUUUUAGCAUACAUGCAUAGCUACUAUAUGCGUUUACAAAAGUUAUUCUUGUUCUUUAUAAUACAUACUAAUUAAUUAACCACAUCUAUUCCAUUUUCCAUUUCAUGUAAUAAAAUGGAUACUCAUUUAUUUGUCCCAGUAGUAUUCACAGACAGUCCAUUGUUGAAACAAACUUACACUCAUAAUAGUGAGUUUCUGGAAAGGAGCCAAUAAACCACAAGUGACAUAAUCAUGUUCUCCUACAUUUAAUGAGAUUUUGGUUUGGGAACAACCACUGCAAUGUUUUGCAACAUAUUGCAUCAUGUGGUGCACCAAAAACCUAGUCCAAAACACCAAACAAAUUUUGCUAAAGAAGAUAAAAUUUUCUGAUGAUUAAUUUUGUACCUUCACUGUAAGUAAUAUUAACCUUCAGAAUGACAUGCUCAAAUAUAUCAUUAUUUAUCACAUUUAAAUAUACUACUCUAUAUGUUCAAGAAAAUAUUGGCACAUGUGUCUUAUAAUUGUCCAUUUGCCUCACAUUUUGCUCAGUAUUCAUGGUCCCUGGUUUUGUUUUAUGCAGACAGAAAAUGAUGUAAGUUUGUCGAAAUUCUGAAAUGGAAUUCUUCAUUCUUUCCAACUUCUGUGAAUAAUGUAUUAUUAUACUUGUAUCAAUAUUUCAGUAUUUUUGUGAAGAGGGGAGGGGGGAAGAUAUCAGUUAACAGCAAUUGAUAACUUACAGACCUCUGGGACUGAUUUAUGAGAAGAGAAUUUAGUCUCAUGCAACCUUCAUGUGCUAUCAAACAGAAAGUCAGGCAAACUAUCCAUAAUGUCACUGUAAGCUGGUUUUUUUCCUGUAGUGCUUGUGAUUACAUUUAUAAGAAAUACAAAUUUCUUUAUUUCUAGUGACACAGUACUUACACACCUGUUAGUUUCUAUUCUUUAUUGGCUCACAAAACCCCUGUCUGAAUGUACAAUUCAUUUACUUUCUAUGUGUUUGUUAAGGUUUACACAGUAUAUUGUGUAGACAUUUGACACAGAGAAUUUGGUUUCAAACUGAUACAUUGUUUUCAGAAUUUAGUUUUAGUGUUAAAUAUUUAUACAUAUAUGAUGAAAACUGUGAUUAA